CUUGUGUUAUUUGUGUGUUAGUUAGGUGCGGUCACACUGCGUGGUAGUCGUCUUGAAAAUUUUACUUAAGUCAGUCGGGUAAGCCGUGUCGUGCGGGUGGUUAAUUUUUCUGUGCGUGUGUGUGUGUGUGUGUAGUGUAAUUGGAAAAAUGCAAAGAUAUAGAUAACUUCAAAGCUGCACUUACACACAGCUACAAAGAAAUAAGAAACUAACUGCAAUUUCAAUUUAUGGUGCUGUUAAUGCAAAAUAUGUGAGACGCAGACGCAGCAGCACUGCGAAAGACGUAAGACGGCCAGACAAAGUGCAUUUUAGGGCGUGUUUGUAAGCCCUAGCCAGACUCCCUCUAUUCCAUCUACCCCCUGAAAGCACUGGCGCACUCAACAAAUGAAACAACAUAGAAGAGAAACAAAUAUUAAUUGUUGUCCCCCACACACACACACAAAAAGAUAAAAAAAAAAUCUGAUUGGUAAUUUCGCAACAUCCUUGAAUUUUGUCUACUCUCAAUUUGCAAAUUGGAGUAGCAAUACGAGUGCGUGUGCGUGUAUAUGUGUGUGCGUUUGUGUGUGUGGAGAGCGCAUCUCGUAAAAGAAAGAAAAGAGACGACGGCGUACGAAAGAAAAUGUGUAGAGCAGCAAAUUAAAAAAAUAGCAAGUGCAAAUGCGAUAAAAAAUAUAAAAAUAUAUAAAAAAUUAUUGCAGCUGCAGCUAAAACGAAAUUGUGAAAAAAAAUUUUAAAAGAAAGUAGAUAAUAGUGCAUAAUUUGGGGUGCAUGUGAUUGGAAGGAUGGGCGCACAGCAGGGCAAGGAGCGCGGCUCCCAUUCGAGCGGCGGGGGCGGGGGCGGUACCGUUAGCUGCAUCGGUGUCGGUGCUAGUAGCAGUCCCGUUGCAUCCGGUUCGCCGCAUUGCAUCAGCGGCGGCAACAGCAGCACCUCCGUUGCCGGCCUUAGCUCCAACUCCACUUUGCGCAAUUCUCGCAUGAAAUCACAUCAAUCUUCAGGACAUGGUAGCAUCAAUUCGAGUGGCUCCUCGGCGCAUCGUAGUGGCGGCGGUGGCGGCGUUUCGAAUGCGAACCACAAGGAUAAUCGCUGCAAUCCCAGCGUCGGCUUAAACAUAUUCACCGAGCACAAUGGUACCAAGCACAGAUCUUUUCGCGGCCAUCCCGGCAAAUAUCAAAUGAAUUUAGAGGCGCUACUCCAAUCACGUCCAUUGCCACACAUUCCAGCCGGGAGCACAGCGGCUGCACUGUUAGCAGAUGCAGCUGAGCUACAGAGCCAGGAUUCAUCAGUGCUCGCCUCGUUAGGUGGGGUGCAUAGCUCGACAACGUCUGUGUUCGAAUCAGCACAUCGCUGGACUUCCAAAGAGAAUCUCUUGGCGCCGGGACCCGAAGAGGAUGAUCCUCAGCUGUUUGUGGCGCUGUACGACUUCCAAGCAGGCGGCGAGAAUCAACUGAGCCUCAAGAAAGGGGAACAGGUGCGCAUUCUCAGCUACAACAAAUCGGGUGAGUGGUGCGAAGCUCACUCAGACUCCGGCAACGUGGGUUGGGUGCCCUCCAACUAUGUGACGCCGCUCAACUCACUCGAGAAGCACUCCUGGUACCAUGGACCCAUCUCACGAAAUGCUGCUGAGUAUUUGCUCAGCUCAGGCAUUAAUGGAAGCUUCCUGGUGCGCGAGAGCGAAAGUUCGCCUGGACAGCGAAGCAUCAGCUUAAGAUACGAGGGCCGCGUCUAUCACUAUCGCAUCUCUGAAGACCCAGAUGGCAAGGUCUUUGUCACACAGGAGGCCAAAUUCAAUACGCUCGCCGAGCUAGUGCAUCAUCACAGCGUGCCACAUGAGGGACACGGCUUGAUAACACCUCUGCUCUAUCCAGCGCCCAAACAGAACAAACCCACAGUCUUUCCAUUGAGUCCCGAGCCAGAUGAAUGGGAAAUUUGUCGCACGGACAUCAUGAUGAAGCACAAGCUGGGCGGCGGCCAAUAUGGCGAGGUAUACGAGGCGGUAUGGAAACGCUAUGGCAAUACAGUGGCCGUUAAAACGCUCAAGGAGGAUACGAUGGCGCUUAAAGAUUUCCUCGAGGAAGCAGCCAUCAUGAAGGAGAUGAAGCAUCCAAAUCUCGUACAACUAAUCGGUGUCUGCACCCGUGAGCCGCCCUUUUACAUCAUCACAGAAUUCAUGUCGCAUGGCAAUCUACUGGACUUUUUGCGCUCGGCUGGCAGAGAGACCUUGGAUGCGGUGGCCCUACUCUAUAUGGCCACCCAAAUAGCAUCUGGCAUGAGCUAUCUGGAGUCCCGCAAUUAUAUCCAUCGAGAUUUGGCAGCUCGCAACUGCUUGGUGGGCGACAACAAGCUCGUUAAGGUGGCCGACUUUGGGCUAGCGCGACUAAUGCGCGAUGAUACGUAUACGGCACAUGCGGGCGCCAAGUUUCCCAUCAAGUGGACCGCCCCAGAGGGAUUGGCGUACAAUAAGUUCAGCACCAAGUCGGAUGUGUGGGCCUUUGGGGUGCUACUAUGGGAAAUAGCGACAUAUGGCAUGUCGCCAUAUCCUGGCAUUGAUCUCACCGAUGUGUACCACAAACUGGAGAAGGGCUAUCGUAUGGAGCGGCCACCGGGCUGUCCGCCGGAGGUGUACGAUCUAAUGCGCCAGUGCUGGCAAUGGGAUGCAACGGAUCGGCCCACAUUCAAGAGCAUACACCAUGCGCUGGAGCACAUGUUUCAGGAAUCGUCCAUCACCGAAGCGGUAGAGAAACAGCUCAACGCCACAGCUAUAGCCAGCUCCGGUACAGGCUCCAACUCCGGUUCCAUUUCCACUGCAGCGGCUGGUGUAGCUCCCCCCACAGCGACGGCCAGUGCCUCCUCCUCAGCCUCCGCCUCACUCAGUCUGACGCCACAAAUGGUCAAGAAAAGUCUGCCCAACGUUGAGCAACAACAGCAGCAGCAGCAACAGCUAGCUAGCACGCCCAUGUCAGAAACUGGUUCCACAUCCACCAAGCUGAGCACCUUCUCCAGCCAGGGCAAGGGCAAUGUGCAAAUGCGUCGCACCACCAACAAACAGGGCAAACAGGCGCCAGCACCGCCAAAGCGUACUAGUCUGCUUUCCAGCAGCCGGGAUUCCACAUAUCGCGAAGAGGAUGCACGCAAUUUGAUAGAUGAGCUCAAUACGAAUGGUAGUAGUAGAAACUUCCACUUCAACUCCAACAACAUUUUAAGCCAAACCCUAUGUAGAAACUUUAAAACCCAAAUUCCAACCCAGACACAAAUACGUACACAACAACAACAACAACAACAACAGAAAGAACAAUUAUUACAGUCACCAAUAUUACAACAACAACAACAACAACAAACAUAUUCAAUUAAAAAAUCAUCCUCCUGCAGUAGUUUCCUUUACGACAUCCUAUUUCGAGGUCUCACGCGUGACAUCAAUAACUUGACGCAGCGAUAUGAUUCGGAAACUGACCCUGCUGCCGAUCCGGAUACGGAUGCCACUGGCGAUAGCAUAGAGCAAAGCUUGACUACAGUUACGCCGCCUAAUAAGAUGCAGCACUCGCUGCAUGCCGGUGUCUCGAGUCUUACUGGCGGCAUUGGACCACGCUCCUCGCAGCAGCACAGCUCGUUCAAGCGCCCGGUGAUGGGCAAUCGAGGCCUGGAGACACGUCAGAGUAAGCGUUCGCAACAGCCGACACCGAGCAGUGUGACCACCAAUGGCAACGGCGGCACACCUGUGCUGCCGGCUCAUCCCAUUACUGUGGGCGCUUUGGAGGUGAUGAAUGUUAAGCGGGUCGUCAACCGCUAUGGCACUUUGCCCAAAGUGGCACGCAUUGGCGCUUUCCUGGACAGCCUAGAGGACAGCAGCAGCAGCAACAGCAGUGGCGGAGGCACUGCUGCUGAAGCACCAGUCAAUGGACACACCACAUCAGCUGGAGCAGCUCGUGCUUUGCCCGCUGUGCCCGCCUUGCCUACAGCGACUAGCAAGGCGCAACAGGUGCCACAACAGAUGAUUCGCAGCAAUUCCUCUGGUGGCGUGACCAUGCAAAACAAUGCAGCGGCCAGUUUGAAUAAGCUGCAGCGACAUCGCACCACCACUGAGGGGACUAUGAUGACCUUCUCCUCGUUUCGAGCUGCCGGCAGCAACAGCUCUCCUAAACGUGGUGGUAUUACACAGCCGGCGCUGGCCAAUCUGGAGUUUCCACCACCGCCGUUGGAGGAAUUUGAGGCAUUGCCACCACCACCGCCACCGCCAGCCCCGGAGAGUGCUGUCCAAGCCAUACAACAGCAUCUGCAUGCGCAGCACAGCAGCAGCAACGAUGUUAGCAAUACGGCGCCCAGUGUCGAAGAGGCCAGCUCCCGAUUUGGUGUCUCACUGCGCAAACGUGAACCCUCCACGGAUUCAUGCAGUUCUCUAGGCACACCACCCGAGACAUCAGCAUCAGCAGGAGCAGCAGCCACCGCUGCCGAAGAAAAGGGUCUCAAUCUUAAAGAGAAACUCAUCACAGAAAUCAAGUCAGCGGGCAAGCCAUCCGAUUCAUCUGUAGGCUAUUCCAAUGGCAGUGUCCCAGUCGUUGUCGAUCCUGUUGCCCAGUUGGUUACCGAGCUGGCCGAGAGCAUGAAUUUGCCCAAGCAUUCAAAACUGACAAAUGGCAAUUGCAACAGCAACACCAACACCAGCAACGCGAACAGCAGCAACAACAACAACAACUUUAAGGCACAGCUGAAAAAGGUGGAGCCAAAAAAAUUGAAUGCACCCAUUCCAAAGGCUGAGCAGCCCACAAAUAUAAUUGACUUUAAAGCACAUCUGCGCAAAGUGGACAAAGUGGAGCAGCAACAGCCCAAGGAGCAAACUGUGCAACAACAACAGCAACAAUCGCCCAAUGCUAAUUGCAAUACUGCGCGCAAAGAAGAAACCAAAAAGUUUAGUGCUGCAAAUCAAAAGACUGAAAUCAAAAUCGAUGUUAGCAACUCCAAUGCGGAUGCGGAUGGAGGCGACACGAGCACGGGCACGGGCACAGGCACAGGCAACAGUUCAGACGGUGGCAAGCGACGCAGCACAGGUAGUAUUAGUAGCUUAAAAAAACUUUGGGAGCAGCCUAGUGGCGACUAUGCCAGCACCACAAUCCCACAGACCAUGGCAACCAGCAAUGGUGGUGCCAGCACCGCCCAAUUGUCGCCCAAAUAUGGCUUAAAAGCAAUCCAGCAGCCAUUGGCUAACGUUACUGGGAAUAGCAAAGUGUUUGGUAACAAACCGCCGCCAGCGGCACCACCACCACCGCCCCCAAUUAGCAGCACUCCAAGCACUCCACAGUCCAAGCCAGCAGUAGCAGUAGCUGCCACCACAAAAUUAGCAACCACAGCAAUAAAAACAUCUCUUUCAACGCAACUCUUCACAGAUGCCGAGGGCAGCAGCAGCAGCAAUGAGGAGCAGCAGCAAACACGUGAUCAAGCGGAGCUCAUGACGCAAUCGCUCUAUGGCGAUCAGUACAACAACUCCAACUCCCACGCCAACGUCAACAUCAACAUCAACGCGAACUCCUCUAGUCAACAGCAGCCGAUGCCGAGCAAUGCCAACAACAAGCUGAGCAGCUCCUCCAGCAAUAGUCAGAAUAAGCCUGCCGUGCCGCAUAAGCCCACCAAGCUGACUAUCUAUGCCACGCCCAUAGCCAAAAUCGCUGGCAUUGGUGUCGGCGGAGACAACAUCAAUUCGACGCAGAUAUCUAGGGAGAGCAUAUUGGAGCUGGUUACGCUGCUGGAGGGUUCCCUGAAACAUCCAGUGAAUGCAAUCUCCGCAUCGCAGUGGCUGCAGCUUAGCGACAAGUUGAAUAUACUCCAAAAUUCGUGUGUGGUCUUUGCGGAGAACGAAUCCAUGCCGCCGCACUCGAAAUUCCACUUUCGCGAGCUGGUGACCCGCGUGGAGACGCAGUCGCAGCAUUUGCGCACAGCCGGCAGUAAAAAUGUGCAAGACAAUGAGCGAUUGGUUGGUGAGGUGGGCCAAUCGCUCAAACAGAUCUCGAAUGCUCUGCAUAGGUAAAUGAUAAGAACGGGGAUGGACGCACAGCGGAGCGGUGUUGCACUCGCUGACAACAGCGGCGCCGGCAUAUGGCUGGAUGCCGAGGGCAAUUUUAUCAAGCGUAGGCAACAGCCCCACUGAUCAAAUAUAUAUAUAUAAAUAUAUAUAUAUGUGAUGUAUAUGUAUAUACAUAUCUAUAUAUAUGUAUUUGUCACACACAAUGCUCCCACCAUCCCCCUCGCCCACUUCCAGUGAAGGCGGAUAAAAGACAACGAACUGGAAACGGAUUAAACGAUAGCAUAACUAACACUUGAAAGCCCAGCGAAGAAGCUCAGCAACAGACAACAAGCAACCAAUAACAACAACAAAA